UUGCACAAAAUACGAGCAAAGGAAGAAUACCGCUUGACUUCCGGAAUUAAAAAAAAAAGAACAGAAAGCAGAAGAUUACCUCCUAUGUGGCCUGGGAAUUGGUGAGCCAUGCCUGGCAGCAGUGCAGGGAGCCCUCAAAAACCCCACUACCAAGCGCAGGACAGGACCAGACAGGUGGCUGAUAGCUACCGCCAUGGGAGAUCUGUCUCCAGAGACAGCUGCAGCAGCAACAAGGAGCCCUACAGGGAGUGUUCCUACAGAGAAGGUUCCCCAGAAGUGAAAGAGACCAGGAGGCCCCCUCCUCAGCAGACCAGGAAAGCUCACCCCAGAGAUGCCAACGGGAGGGAGUCGGAAACCAUCGGUUUCAUCCCAGGCUCCGCGGACAAUCCUCCCAGCACCCAGACCUGCGGCUCCUGCUCCUCGCUCGGCUGGAGCAGCUGCAGGGCCCUGAUCUGCUGCAUCUUCUCCUGCGGCUUCUACAAGACGGAGCCCAGCGUCUACAUCCCCUGCUUGGACAGGAACGAGACCUCCACCGAGGACGUCAAGAGCUCCCAGGAGCCAAAGCGGCCGAAUGGCUUGGCUUUGUCCAAUCCCACGUCCGGCAUCUCCCUGGAGACCAAGCACAGUAAACCCCCACUGUCCGACAGCUUCAACUACCCCGACAUCAAGUUCAAAGGCGAACGGGUGAAACUUGAGGGACGGGUGAACGCCCCCAAAAGAACCCCUUCUUCCAAGUCUGUGCAGAAGGGGGACACCCUGCGUCCGUCCAGCUCCUACUCCCUGGAGGACCCUGAUCAGUACCUGGACGACCUGAGCGACUGCAGCACGGACAUAGACUCCCUCAUCACCAAGAAGCUGCUGGAGCUCUACAAGCUGCACCAGAUCGACCAGCUGGCCAAGUGCACCUCCGACUCGGUCUUCUUCCGCAAGACCAGCGAGAUCACCGAGCUCAUCAACAACAUCGCCCAGGACUACAACCUGGACGAGCAGGACGCCGAGUGCCGGCUGGUGCACGGGGUCAUCCGGAUCAGCACCCGCAAGAGCAAGCGGGCCGCCCCGCAGAAGUCCGACUCGGCGUACAGCUCCGGCAGCCACAGCCGAGAGCCGGGCCACAGGGCGGAGGACCGGGGGCGUCGCGAUGGCACCCUGCCCGACAGCGGCAACGACACCUUGAUCGAGACGUCUCUCACCAGCCAGGAAACGGAUCUGGACGUCAAGAUAUCGGAACAGACGUCGUCGGACAAACUAGCCAGACAGAUGAGGCACAGCAGCAGCCAAGGUUACUCCUCAAACUGUCCGACAGGGAACUACGCCUCUUUCCCAGACGCCGAGACGAACUCCUCUGGGACCCCUCUGCUGGAUAAAUACUUCCGCACGUGAAACAUGCGGGGAGCGAGGGUCCUUUUCACCGGAACCCCUUUCCUUGGACACUGCCGAGACUGUUUAGAGCCACAGACGCUGCAAUGGGGGAGGAGGGAAUGAGGCUGCACCCCUCCCGAUGGGAGGAAACUCUCAGCUUCUCGUAAAGAAAAUGCAACUUUCCACUCUCCUCAAGAGAACCUGGACUGCCUUAGGAUACAUAGAAUCUGCAGGCAGGAAUGCCACCUGUUUUAAAAUACACAAUUCCCCGAGUGAUUUUAUUGGACUCCCUGGAAUCCGUUACCUUGUAAAACCAAUGUCCGUUUUCAGCAAAGUUCAGGUGGGUAUGUGAUGUGCAAAACGUUUCUGAGCCAGGAGACAAUUUGUGCUGGUGUUUGCUGUGGUGUCCAAGCCUUCUGUUGCAUUUUACAGCUUUUCAGCAGUGAAAACACUUGGGUAUGUGCGUGACAUUUGAGCCCUAUGAAUAUGAAUGUGCCUGUGCCUUCAGAGAAAGGAAGACUCAAGAACUAACAUUUUAAAAUUGUGGGAGAGAGAUUCUCACGCGGCCCACUAAGUAAGCCACUUACCAUUGCAUCACCAUACCAGACCCUCAUGUGGCUAUUUCUUGGACAGCAUGAAUGAGUCAGUCAUUUCUCUACCUUGGCCAAAGUCCAGAGGCAGACCUGGCUUUCUCCUGGAGUUUUGCCCCACAGCAUAUCUGAUUGUACGUGGUACGAGGGAGGGAGGGUGGUGUUUUUCAAGAAAGGAGGAUGUGAACAUGCUCACUCCUAAAACCAAGAAUGAGGAACAUUUGGAAUGGUUCUCAGGUAGAGUAAUAUUUGUACUCCUUUAAAGCAAAUUUGUGACUUGAGGCAUUGCCAAAAUAAGGAGCCCAAGCACUCUCAAGGGACUGCAGAUGCAAACUGAGGCACGGAUCUUUGCCUAGUUAACCUGUAUUCAUUUUAACCCACUGCUUUUGGACCCAGAGGCAUUGCCGAUGCCUGGACAUGUUUCUGGAAAGGGGAAAACUUAUCUCUGUGGGCAAUACUGGUAGUUUUCUUUUUUCCGUUUGUUCUUCUGGGCCUCUCGGUGUUGCUAGAAAUAAAUAAGAGGAAGUGUCAGGUUUCUGAUAUUGGCUUUAGUUUCCAUUGUUCCACCUCUUUUAUAAAGUCACAGGAAUGAGAGGGAGUGUCUCUAUCAGAGUAGUGCAGUUUGCCACAACAUGGGAUCAGUGCUUGAGGGGUAUGGUGGUGAAUUACUGGAAGUGUAGUUCUCAGCGCUUUGCAAGGCAGUCACAAUCUGAGCUUCUGUGGAAGUUGUUUGCACACCUUUCUGCCUUCAUGUCUAUGUAUAAGGUAUAGAAUCUGUCCAUGAAUGACCGUGUAGAGAGAGAACUUGCUGAUGCAGUUCUAUUUCCGGUCAAAGACGGGUAGUUUGAAAAUCUGUAGAGGAUUUCAUUGUAACUAAACGGUGUAUUUUAUAUUGUUUAUUUUAUUCUGUGCCUUUUUUUGUUUGGGGGUUACAUUCUCUCUCUCUCUGGGUGUGUAUAGAGCAAAGACAAAGCAAACAAGUGACUGCCCCAGUCUGCCUAAAGCCCAACUUUAAAGCUUUUUUAACAUUGCAUUGGAUUUUGUCCAAUCUCUGUCCAGUUAAUUUUUAUGUGCUUAAAGGGGGGGAUAUCUCGACAAACGCGUCAUUUUACAUGACUGUUAGCACUUUUCUUUUGUCUUCAGUGUUGCGUGUGUAUUGUGCAGUACACAGUGCAUAUGGAGAUUGUCGUUGAAGGACUUGAGAGGUGAUCUUCAGGCACUGCUGGUUCUGAGGCACACUUGUCACUGCCGCUCUUGCGGUUGUUAACAGUCUGAAUGCACUCGAAAGGAGGGCUUUUACCACAACAUGUAGGUGACCGAGUUGCUUGUGGAUUGUACUAAUCUUAAUUUUUAAGCUCCGAGAAGAAAAGCACUUUUCAACACGGCUGCAUUUGCUUCUUCACAAUUCGUUUAGAACAGGUUUCCAGAGUAGAAAAGGUGCAUGUUCUGAAGAUGAAAGUCAUGUCUCAGAGAGAGAAUACUAUAGGUAUAUUAUUUUUCUUAGGCAAUAAGAUUUUAGGAACCAGUGUUAUAUACUGUCAAUUGCUGUGAUGCUCAUCUCUUUCAGCAACAAGCCACACCGGGCUUGUUUCUUCUCUUAAUGGCAGUGACUAAGUAUGCCGUUAAUGGAAUAUCUUUGCUGAAUGUCAGGCAUGCCCUUUGCUCGAGUCUAGUGUAAAUAAGCCAGGUGAUCUUGUGGUCUUUUUAUUCCCCAUGUGUUAUUUUUUAAAGUGAUUUUUAUACUAAAAUUAAAAAAAAAAGUUUCAA